UUGCUCUGCCCACAGAAAUCACGGCAGGGGACAGGCACAGAGCAGGCUGGCAGUGGGAAGCAGCAGGCACCGAGCACAACUCCCCUCCUCUCCAGCCACCUCGUAUCUCGACAGUGAAAAAAUGUGCUACCCGGCUUUCUGGGGGAGAAUCUCGCUGCGGCAACAGCAUUCAUUCACUGAGAUCAACAGAAGAGAAGCGACGCCAAUCCGCGACCAGCAUGAGAGACGGAAUCUGUGCUGAAAAACACCCUGAGAAAAGCGGCCCUCCGAGAUUUCCCCACACGGCAGAAGACGACGCACAAGGCGCUCCAGGCAGCAACGCGCACGCACGGCUGUCCCCACGGGAGCCCCGCGCUCGGCUCUCCCGUGCCGCCUCCUCCCCCUCCCCCCGCGGCUGUCCCGGCGCGGCCGAGGCGGGGCGGGCCGGCCGUGACGCGUUUCCACCGCGACCGCUGGCAGCUGCGCGGCGGCCGGCAGGCCCGAUGGCGGCGGAGGCGAUCGAGUACGAGGCGGGGGAGCCGCACACCCGCGUGUUCCGCGUGGGCGCGCUGGGCAGCGGCUGGCGGCAGUGCCUGCAGCCCCGAGACCUUUCGCUGGCUGACGAGGAGGAGGAGGAGGAGGCGGCCGGGGCCGUGGCGGAGGAGCUGGGCUGCACGGCAGAGACGGCGGCCGAGCUGCGGGCCUUGUGCAGUGUUGAUACGUUAGUGUCUGCUGAUACAGAGAGGGACCCAGAAGCGAUUCCCGAAGACAGCGGGCUGGAAACUCUUCGGUUUAGGAAGAAGGCGCUGCGGAGGCGAGAAGAAAGGAUCGUCGUGGAUCGGGCUUGCAGACAGGAAACGCUGACUUACGAGAUGGAGUCGCACGCCAUUGGGAAGAGGCCUGAUGAUGCAGCAGACCUGGUGGAGGAGGGAGAGCUGCUUCUGACUCUGAACGUCUUCUAUCCCGUCAUCUUCCAGAAGCACAAGGAGCACAAGCCCUACCAGACAGUCCUGGUGCUGGGCAGCCAGAGGCUCACUGAACUCAGAGACUCCUUGUCCUGUGUUAGCGACCUGCAGAUUGGCGGGGAGUUCAGCAGCGAGCCGGACCGAGCGCCGGAGCACAUCAGCAAGGACCUCUACAAAUCUGCCUUCUUUUACUUUGAAGGCAUCUUUUAUAAUGAUAGCAGAUACCCAGAGUGCAGAGAUCUGAGCAGAACCAUUAUUGAGUGGUCCGAAUCUCGUGACAGAGGCUAUGGAAAUCUUCAGUCUGCCAAAAUGGAGGACUACACAUUCAAUGAUGUGUCCCUCAGAAUCGGCUAUCCGUACCUCUUCUGCCACCAAGGGGACUGUGAGCACAUCAUUAUCGUCACAGACAUACGACUUAUUCAUCAUGAGGACUGCCUGGACAGGAACCUCUAUCCGCUGUUAAUCAAAAAACACUGGUUAUGUACCAGAAAAUGCUUUGUGUGCAAAAUGUAUACAGCCAGGUGGGUAACCAACAAGGACAGCCUGGCACCAGAGGAUCCAUGUUUCUUCUGUGAUGUUUGUUUCCGAAUGCUCCAUUAUGAUGCAGAAGGCAAUAAACUGGGAGACUUCCUUGCAUAUCCCUACGUCGAUCCUGGGAUUUUCAACUAGAACUUACAUGAGCCAGAAUGGAUUCAGAUCUGACUCAUCUGACAGAUGAAACUGUUGCUCUAGCUGUUAAAACCACCAAACAGCUUGAGCGUUGGCCAUCCCAUAGGUUUUGGGGUUGGGCCUUUAUUCUUCUCCUCUGAGAAGGAAGGAGCCCUUUGCAUUUAAAGUGUAUCUGAUAUGCUUUCACAGUCACAGAGAUAAGCUAGCAUGGAAAAAUAUACUCAGAUGUGUAUUUUAAUAAAGUACAUUUUUCUAAUAUGUUUCAA